CUGUGAAAGAGGGCGAGAGGAGCAGAGUAGUUUCCGUUAUCCACUAUCCUUGUCGCUUCGAAUUCUCUCUCUGAAAAAAUUUCGUAUCUUCCGAUUCUCUCUCUCUCUCUAAAAAUUCCUCUCUUCGUCAAGAAAUUAGGUUUUUUUGCAAAUAAUCUGAUCUCGCAAGUCCAAUCUAUUUCUGCAACCAUGGUCUCCGAUUCCGUCAACGUUUACCUUUCUUCUGUCCCCGGCACCAGAGAUUUCGGCAAGAAGAAGCGGGCCAACCGUAAUGCCAAAUUGAAGCAGUGCAAGCUUGACGCUCGUCGCGAGCAAUGGCUUUCUCAAGGUUCUGUGAAGUAUAAGGGGUUUAAGGAUGGAACCAAUAGAGAAGGCAUGCCCGACGUGGGCAUUGAGAGAAACCGACCUAUGAAUGACCUAGAGAUGAGGCGAAGGAGCCACGGGAUUGAGGAGAAUGAUGGAUCUAUCCAUCACGAGAGCGAUUCAGAGUCGCCUUCCAACAGUCCCACAAGCAUUCUUCUGGGCGGUACUGAUUCUGGAACUAAUUUUACCGGGAGUAGCAGUAGCAGUAGCAGCUGUGGUGGCCGUUGCUCUGGCAACAUCACUGAAGAGGAAGAAGGUGAGGAUGACGGCUGCUUGGAUGAUUGGGAGGCAGUUGCAGAUGCUUUGGUAGCUAGCGAUAAUCAAGAAUCCAGAAACUCUUGUCAGGAACCGCCCCAGGAGACCGAGCCUGUUGAGCAUUUGAAUUCAAAAUCUUCAGCUGGGGUGCGUUUGGGUCUUGAGAAUUCAAAACGAGAGGGUUCUAGAAUGGUUCCUGAGAACCCCAUGCACAACCGGGCGUGGAGGCCCGAUGAUGCUUUUAGGCCUCAAAGUCUGCCGAAUUUGUUGAAGCAGCGCAGUUUUCCAAAUACUGAUCGGCAUUUUGGUCAGGGACGGAUCCCAUGGAUUCAUAGCAGUGCAGUAAGUGUGCCUUCCUCAUGUCCAAUCUGCUAUGAAGAUUUGGAUCCCACAGACUCUAGUUUUUUGCCCUGUUUGUGCGGGUUCAUGCUUUGUCUAUUCUGCCACAAGAGGAUUCUUGAGGGGGAUGGGCGCUGCCCGGGAUGCAGGAAGCCCUAUGAGCAUAAUGCUAUGGAGGCUGAACCAAGUGUGCAUGGACAUAGCCCGACAUUUCUACUGGCUCGUUCCUAUAGCCUGAUAGAAAGGUCCUAGGAACUGUCUAUUUAGGUGGUUGUGUCGGGUCCCUCUUUUUCUUUGUGUCUCAUGUCUUUGGAUGGUGUUAGACUCUCUGGUUUUCAUAGCGCAGAUUUGGGUAAUCAGCUUAUUACUUUUGUCACCCGGGAAUUGAGCUGCUUUUCUUAUGAGUUUGGUUCUUAUAUACAUAUAUCGUGCAGAUGUUUGAUGUAGAGGACCCAUUUUGGUAUGUGAAUAGAUAAUGGUGGGUAUGGUAUUCAAUAAACAACAACUGGUUAUAGCAUA